AUGUCUACUGUAGCAAGUGAAUCAUCACUUAAUUUAGAAAAAGAUAUUGAACGUGCAAUUGUUCUUCUUGAUCGUCUUCGUACAACAAGUGAAAUACCUGAAACAAAAUUACUUGAAUUACAACGUAUAUUACAAAGUGAUUUUUUUCAUGCUGUUUUGGAAGUUUAUGAAAAAAUUUAUGAAACUGUUCAAGUAACUGGCUCACCAGAAGUUCGAGCUAAUGCUACAGCUAAAGCAACUGUUGCUGCUUUUGCAGCUAGUGAAGGUCAUUCACAUCCGCGUGUUAUUGAAUUACCUAAAACUCAAGAAGGUCUUGGAUUUAAUGUAAUGGGUGGACGUGAACAAAAUUCACCAAUUUAUAUAUCACGUAUCAUUCCAAAUGGUGUUGCUUCGAAACAUGGUGGAUUAAAAAAAGGUGAUCAAUUAUUAUCAGUUAAUGGUGUAUCUGUUGAAAGCGAAUAUCAUGAAAAAGCAGUUGAAUUACUAAAACAAGCACAAAAUACUGUAAAAUUAGUUGUACGAUAUUCACCACAAGUUUUAAUUGAAAUGGAAAAUCGUUUUGAAAAACAACGUACAGCACGUAAACAACCGCCAACAUUAACAACACCCAUAGAUAAAUAA